CAGGCAGGAGUUUCCCAGGGCUCAUCGGGUCACUCGCUGCCAGUAAAUUCAAGGGUUAUGUACUGACUGAUGGACUGAUAGUCAUCUGUCUCUUGCCCUCUGUACGUCUGCUGUGAUUGGCUGACUGCAGUCAACCUUUCACAUUUAAAAGAGUGAAGCAACUUGUUAUUUUGAUAAACAAAUUCCACAGAUGCAUCAUGAAGGGGCUACAGUUGAAUCUGCUCGUGCUUUUGUGUUACGCUGGAGUUGUUUCAUCUAUUACCAGAGAAUAUUUCUUGGCCAUUAAGGAAAUUCAGUGGGAUUAUGCACCUAGCGGUAUAAACGUGAUUCAGAACAAAACCAUUAAAGAGGAUGUAGAGGCACGAGUGUUCCUGGAGAAAGGAGAGAAGCGCAUAGGGCGGGUGUAUAAGAAGGCUGUGUAUCAGCAAUAUACAGAUGCAACCUACAGGCAGGAGAUAGAGAAACCCAAAUGGCUGGGCUACUUAGGGCCCCUUAUCAGUGCAGAAGAGGAUGAUACGGUUAUUGUGCACCUGAAGAACAUGGCCACACGAGCGUACUCCAUCCACGCUCACGGCCUCAGUUACAACAAGACCAGUGAAGGAGCGCUGUAUCCCGAUUCAUCAGAGAAGAUAGAGAAAACUGAUGAUUCUGUGGGCCCUGGAAAGUCUUUCUCUUAUAUUUGGACUUUACCUGCUUCCCACUCCCCUGGCAAAGACGACACCAACUGCCUGACAAGAAUUUACCACUCGCAUGUCAACGCUCUUAAAGACAUUGCAUCUGGUCUUGUUGGGCCGCUCAUCAUAUGUAAAAAAGGUACUUUGGAUGUUCAUGGUGAUAAGUCAGCUGACUAUCUCUAUGCCCUUAUGUUUACUGUGUCUGAUGAGAACCUCAGCUGGUACCUGGAUGAAAACAUCAAGACGCACUGCUCAGCAACCGCCAAGGUCAACAAGGAGGACGAGGACUUUCAGGAAAGCAAUAAAAUGCACUCUAUUAAUGGUUAUGUCUACGGUAAUCUGCCGGAUCUCAGUAUGUGUGUGGGCAAUAAGAUCCACUGGCAUCUGUUUGGGAUGGGAAAUGAGGUGGACAUCCACUCAGCAUACUUCCAUGGCCAGGUACUGACGGACAAAAGCUACCACACUGACACCGUCAGUCUGUUCCCAGCUACCUUUGUCAAUGUGGAGAUGGUUGCAGAUAAUCCUGGUCAAUGGCUUCUCAGCUGUCAAGUCAACGAUCACCUCAAAGCUGGCAUGCAGGCCUUUUUUGAGAUUAAGAAGUGUUUCCCACAUGUGCACAAACCCAGACCAUUUGGAGAAGUGAGACAGUAUUACAUUGCAGCUGAAGAAAUCAUCUGGGAUUAUGGCCCCACAGAAAUAAACCAGUAUACAGGAAAGAAACUCAUGGAUGACAGUGUGUCUGACACUUACUUUGACAACCGUAACGACCGCAUUGGAGGCAAAUACAAGAAGGUCCAGUAUGUGGAAUACAUCGAUGAUAAAUUCACCAAACGCAAAGAGAGGACAUCUGAUGAGCAACACCUAGGAAUUCUGGGUCCAAUAAUCAGAGCAGAGGAAGAGGACACAAUAAAAGUAACAUUCAGAAAUAAAGCCAGCAGACCCUACAGUAUUCAACCUCAUGGAGUUCAAUAUAACAUUGAAAUGGAUGGCACUCUUUACCACAAUGUCCUUGAAGAGACAUACACAGAGAAAAAGCUCCGGGAACUCAAGAAAGAAGCAAGAAUAGUUAAGCCACUUCCAGCAGCAAUGGUCCUUCCUGAUACCACCUAUCAUUAUGAGUGGGUGGUGCCUAAGGGUGGAGGACCCACCCAAAAUGAUGCCGACUGCAUCACAUACCUGUACUAUUCCGCUGUUGAUCCCAUCCAAGACACCAACUCUGGGCUAGUCGGACCGCUUCUCAUCUGCAAGCCAAAAUCUUUGAAAUCUGGAAAACAGAAGAACGUAAACAAAGAGUUUCACCUUCUUGCUUCCGUUUUUGAUGAGAACUUGAGCUGGUAUUUGGAUUACAACAUCAACAGAUAUGCAAAACAGCCCAAAUCUGUAAACAAAGAUAAUGAAGACUUUCAGGAAUCCAAUAAAAUGCACUCUCUAAAUGGAUACAUGUAUGGAAAUCUCAAAGGCUUGAAUAUGUGUAAGGGUGAUAAGGUGUCUUGGCAUCUAUCCGGGCUGGGAUCAGAGGCAGACAUCCAUGGACUAUACUUUGAGGGCAACAGAUUCCUCUACAAAGGAACCAGAAGAGACACCAUCAAUGUUUUUCCUCACAUCUCUCAUACCAUCAUCAUGGAGCCUGACAGCAUGGGACAGUUUCAGGUGGUUUGUAAAACCACAGAUCAUUACCAUGGGGGAAUGAGAGCCAACUACACUGUAGAGAAGUGUCACUUCUGGAACCGUCAGUCUGAGGUGAUGCUGCAGCAGAAAAAAUAUUACAUUGCUGCCGUUGAGAUGGAAUGGGAUUAUUCCCCCAACCGCACCUGGGAGGAAAAGUUGCACAACAGUCUGAACAACAGUCCAGGCAAUGAGUACCUCAAGAAAGAUGGGAAAUUCAUUGGUUCAAAAUACAAGAAGGUACUUUACAGAGAGUACACUGAUGAAACAUUCACAAAACCAAAGGAGAGACCUGCUGAUAUGAAACACUUGGGAAUGAUGGGAGCCAUGAUUCAUGGUAAUGUGGGGGAGAAGGUGAAGGUUGUCUUUAAGAACAUGGCGAAGAGACCAUACUCCAUACACGCUCAUGGAGUUAAAACUGACAGUCCUCAAGUCACUCCCACACGUCCAGGUGAAACUCAGACAUAUACCUGGUACAUACCAAAAAGUGCUGGGCCGACAGAAGAGCAGGAGGAGUGCAGUGUUGGAGCAUAUUACUCCACUGUAGAUGUUAUUAAGGACAUGUAUAGCGGUUUGAUUGGGCCGCUGGUCAUCUGCAAGAAGAGCCUAGCACGUAAACUGGGGCUAAAGAAAGAGAUUGAGGAGUUUGCUUUGCUCUUCAUGGUCUUUGAUGAAAAUCAAUCUUGGUUUCUUGAUGAUAACAUCAAAGCUCAUGUUAAAAACCCUCCCAAAGGGCUGAAAGAAGAUGCUGAGUUUAUUGAAAGCAACAAGAUGCACGGUAUCAAUGGUUUAGUGUACGGUAACCUAAAAGGCCUUAACAUGCGGGUGGGAGAUAAAGUGUACUGGUAUCUGAUGGGAAUGGGAAAUGAAGUGGACAUGCACACCACUCACUUUCACGGACACAGUUUUGAGUAUAAGAUCAGUGGAACGCACCGGGCAGAUGUCUUUGAUUUGUUUCCUGGGACGUUCCAGACGGUCAUCAUGCGUCCGCUGUAUCCCGGAACAUGGCUACUACACUGUCACGUGACGGACCACAUAAAGGCUGGAAUGGAAACCACGUACACUGUUCUCGACAAAGAUGGUGAGUCUGCUUAUAUAAUAGCAAACAUUAUUGUAAAUGAAGGUGAACAUUUAAGUUGAAUAAAAAAUACAUGUUUGUUUUUAGGGAAGAGGAGAGGUUUCCUGGGCUUGUUUGGUAGUGGUUAAAUCAUUAUCAUCUGUAACAGGAAGAUUUCAUUAGAAUACUUUGCCAUGGCUUUUCUAAAUAAAAAAAUUAAAAUGUAAUUCAUGGGUUAAUUGUUUUAUUAAAUAAAGCAUGCAAGAAGAAAUAGUUGUGAACUGAGGGUGUGACUACAAAUGAGUGAGUUUCUAUUAUUUGCAUUACUGUAGUACAAAAUUAUUUACUAACAUGCACACAGUAUACACAGAAUGUUGACUAAACUGAACAAUUAGCAUUUUAUUGUAAAAAAAACCUGCAUAAGACACAUUUAUACAUAUUAUACAGGCUGAGGGGUGCAAACAAACAUUUAUACGUGAAUCAUUCUACAAUUAGGGGUACAUGUCAUGUCCAUGGACUCUAUUAUCCAUUUUACUUUAAUCUGCUGUUUUUGUGCUGUCUGAUUUGGUCAAUGUGAGGUUUUGCUCUUCAGAUCAGCUCUAGAAUACAUGUUUCUGUAUAUAUUUCUUACAAGGUGUUUUAAAAAGUAUUUUGCUCAUGCAUCUACAUUAAAUCAUCCAUUUACUUACUGUAUGUCAGAGAAAUUAGUGUCAACCCUGUUACUCCCCAUAUAACCCCCUAUAAAUCACCAAUGGUUUGUUACAAAGUCACAUGUCAAACAUCACAUGAUGUCAUUUCCUUUUUUGGAGGAAAAUUUGAAGACCGUGUGGUAAAUCAUAACUUCUCCUCUUCAAUAUUUUAUCCA